AUGGAUAAAAAUCUGUGUAGUAACUUCAUUUAUGUAACGACGAAUUUAGAAUAUGAUUCGAAUAAUAAAAAUUAUAAACUUAAAGAUGAUCAACAUUUUAAAAAGUAUUGUGAUAACGAAAAUUGUGGGAGUGAUCUCGAAAGAGUUAAUGCUGGAUGUUUAUAUUUUUUUAAUGAAUUUUUUGGGAGUUCUGAGUUGUUUAAGUCUGUUGCAAAAAGUAACAUCAAUAUUGUUGAUUACAUUAUGCUAUGGUUAAAUUAUAUGUUAAGUCUAAAGGAAAAUCAAGCAAAAAACAGUCUAAAUUAUUUUUAUACUACAUUUAUAAAUAAUGAAAGGUAUACAAAUUCUAUAAAUGAUGUUACGGAGUAUAAUAGUUAUAAGGACCUUAUAAAUAAAAGGCACAAGUUGACGAAUAAGGACAUGGAUAAUAAUAUAAUAUCUGAAUUAUAUGAUGCAUUUAAAUUAUUAUGUGAAAUGUAUUCUGCAUUUGAUGGAAUCACGUCAAAUUGCACAAAAUGUUCAGAAAAAGCUGAUGAAUUUAUUAAAAAAUAUAAUAAACUUAAUAAAGAUUCCAAUAAUAUUGAUGGCAGUUCAUAUAGACAAAUAUUGUGCACUUUAUCAAGUGAUUAUGAUAGUUUAAAAAAUAAAUGUAAAGAUUAUAAACCCCUUCCAGAGAUAACAGAAAACAUUUCUGCACAAAUGUCUGAAGUUAAAUCAUCAAGUUCGUUGAUAGGAAACAAAUUAUUUACAGUUUUAUUGAUACUUGGUGCAAUAGCAUUUUUUUUAGGAAUCUCCUAUAAGUAUUCGUUAUUUGGAUUUCGGAAACGAGCUCAAAAACAAUAUUUAAGAGAAAAGCUAAAAAAAUAA